AUGGUGGCCGGUCUUGUCGCAAAGGCGCUUUUGCUCCUUCAGCUUGGGUCUGGGGUCGUGGCUGCACAGAAUGCCUCCAGACCUCUUUACAAGAAUCCCCAUGCGCCUGUGGAGGCGCGAGUCUCUGAUCUUCUCAGUCGGAUGACUAUCGAAGAUAAGAUGUCUCAAUUGAUGCAGGGAGACGUCGGUAACUGGAUGGACAGCACAACUGGGGCUUUCAACUACACAGGCUUGGUGGAGAACAUGGAGAUGAAGGCUGGUGCAUUCUACGUUGGAUAUGCUGUUCCCUGGGACUGGCUUGCGACCAAUAUCAAGAGAGCCCAAGACUACCUGCUGCAGAAUACGACGCUUGGGAUUCCUGCUCUUGUUCAGACUGAGGGUAUUCAUGGUUUCCUGCUCGAGAACGCCACGAUCUACAACUCCCCGAUAGCAUACGCCUGUUCUUUCAAUAGAGAAUUGGUUGAGAAAAUGGGACGACUCAUUGCGCAAGAGGCCCGUGCUAUUGGUACCACACAACUGUUUGCGCCGCUGGCUGAUCUGGCUCGUGAACUCCGAUAUGGUCGGGUUGAGGAGACGUUCUCAGAGGAUUCUUAUCUUGCCGGCGAAAUGGCCUAUCAUUAUAUCGUAGGCCUGCAGAGUCUCAACGUGUCUGCUACUGUCAAGCACUUUGUGGGCUAUAGUUUGCCUGAACAGGGUCUGAACACUGCGCCUGUCCAAGGAGGAGAGAGAUAUCUGCGCUCAACGUGGCUGCCAUCCUUCAAAAGGGCCAUUGUGGAUGCUGGGGCAUGGAGUAUUAUGAGCGCAUACCACGCAUACGACGGUAUCCCUGCGGUGGCCGACUGGUUUACCCUCACGAAGAUCCUUAGACAAGAAUGGAACUACGAUUACUAUGUGAUCAGUGACUCCGGUGCCACGGAUAGACUGUGCACAGCCUUCAAGCUCUGCAGAAGCUCUCCCAUCGACAUGGAGGCUGUGACUACCCAGGCAUUGCCUGCGGGCAACGAUGUCGAGAUGGGCGGCGGUUCAUUCAACUACCAGAAAAUCCCCGAGCUCGUCGAAUCAAGCCAGCUGGAUAUCGAGGUUGUCAACACCGCCGUCUCUAGAGUGCUCAGAGCCAAGUUCGAGAUGGGUCUCUUUGAGAACCCCUACCCUGCUGCUCCCCAAUCCGAAUGGAACAAGCUGAUCCACAGCCCGGAGGCAGUCGAGCUCGCGAGAACCAUUGACAAGGAAUCCAUCGUCCUGCUAGAGAACCACAACGAGACACUUCCCUUGAAGAAGAGCGGUAACAUCGCCGUUAUCGGGCCCAUGGCGCACGGGUUCAUGAACGUGAGACCCCUAAUACCUCCUGUUGCCACGAGCGAAUGCACAAAUGCCUAGCAUCAUGCUAACAACAUCAGUACGGCGACUACGUGAUCUACGGCAGCCAAUGGCGCGGCGUCACUCCCCUCGAUGGCAUCAAAGCCGCCGUCGGCGACGCCGCUACCGUUAACUACGCGCAAGGCUGCGAACGCUGGAGCAACGACCAGUCGGGCUUCGACGAAGCCAUCGCAGCAGCCAAGAAGUCUGACGUAGCCAUCGUCGUCGUGGGCACCUGGUCUCGCGACCAGACCGAACUGUGGGAGAACUACAACGCCACAACCGGCGAACACGUCGACCUCGACUCCCUGGCCCUCGUCGGCGCCCAAGGCCCCCUCAUCCAAGCCAUCCGCGACACGGGGGUCCCCACGAUCGUCGUCCUCUCCAGCGGCAAGCCCAUCACGGACGUAACCUGGAUCGCGAACAGCACCUCAGCCCUGGUUCAGCAAUUCUACCCCUCCGAACAAGGCGGCAAUGCUCUCGCGGACGUCCUCUUCGGCGACUACAACCCCUCGGGCAAACUCUCCGUCAGUUUCCCCCAUUACGUCGGCGACCUGCCCAUCUACUACGACUACCUCAACUCGGCGCGGAACAUUGGCGACGCCGGACGCGCCUACCCCAACGGCACCCUCGAGUUCGGCCACCAAUACGUCCUGGGUGAUCCGCACGCCGUGUACCCGUUCGGAUACGGGAAGAGUUACUCGACGUUCGAGUAUAGUGAUAUCAAGGUCAGCAAGACGAAUGUGUCGGCUAGUGAUACGGUGACUGUUGGUCUUGAGGUGAAGAAUCUGGAUGAGAGUAGGGAGGCGACGGAGGUGGUGCAGGUUUAUGUGGUUGAUGAGAUUGCGUCGGUGGUCGUGCCGAAUCGGUUGCUCAAGGGGUUCGAGAAGGUGGUUAUUCCCGCUGGGGGGAGUAAGAGCGUGAGUAUUGAUAUUAAGGUGGAGGAUUUGGGCCUUUGGAAUAAUAAGAUGGAGUAUGUGGUUGAGAAGGGCGAGUUUGGGGUGUUGGUUGGGAGUAGUUCGGUGGAUAUUAGGGGGAGGGUGGCGUUUUGGGUUGUCUAA